CCUUGAAUAUCCUAGAGUUAGAAACAUUUGUUCCUUUUGUAAGUGAACAGUGAUUCUAUGCUAGAUUCAUAAAAAUAGAUGGCUUAGUGUGAGUGAAUCACAAAAGUUAUGGGAUUUUCUUUUUCUUUCUUUCUUUCUAGUAAUUAUGAGCAAGCACUCCCCCCCCACCACUCCCCCCGCCCCACUUUUUGUGGUUUGCCUUUGGCCAGAGGAAGACAAAGUGUCCAUUCAUGGCCGUUUUGUUGUGGAUUGUAGUCUGAUUAGAGCAGCGGGUAAUCAUCUCAUCCUUUUCUCGUUCGCAUGUUCACUUUUUCUCUGCUGAUAGUUCUCGGGGGCUCCUACCGACACUGGAGAAAGGAGAGGGGCGUGUUUAAUGCCCAUGGGAUCCACUCCUUGUUUUCCAUCUGUCCCGGGGGGUUGGAAGGCAGCUGAAAGUUCAAACAAAGACACACUCCCUCUGCAUGGCAAGAGCUCAGAGAUUAAGGGGCUUGCCUGCACCGCCAACAGCAAGGAUUGCUCACAGUUUCUAACUUUGCCAAAGAAGAAGGAUGAUUCAUUUUUGUUUUUUUUCUUCCUCUGUCACAGAUAUGACUUUGCGGCAGCAUAAGCAGUGGAUAGCCUGUUUUUCUUUUGGGCAUCUAUUUGUCAAAGACAGGUAGAGCACUGUGGAGAGAAUGCAGCUACCCUCUAAAUGCCUGUGCGAGUCUGCUGAGUAAAGGAACCAGAGGAUGCAGGUGGCAGCGAGGCUCUGCACUAACUUGUUUGAAGUUUUUUUUCCCUCAUGUCAGAGGUGAAGGAUUAUGCCUGGCAUAGGAAUUUAGACUUCAAAUGAAAGACUUCAGGAGCUGACUCUCAGCUCCCAGGCAGAAUGUGAGCAGUGGCUUGUGUUCAAUGUGUGUUUUAGUGUGUUAACAAUGAGGUAUGUAGAAAUUUGUUUGAAUGCGGAGCUAUGCUGUUCCUCAGCAGCGGGUCUGGGGAUACGACCCCAAGGAGCACAGCCAACGGCCCGCAGGGGAUAACCGUUUACCACAUCUCUGUAAUCCUAAAGGAAACGCAGGAAGAUGCAGUGGUGUCAGAGCCAAAAAUGGGCCCCAUUGCUCUUAACCUGGUGGAGAAUUACCAGCCAAAAGAAGAGCUAAUGGAUUUAGUGCCAAUGGAGAACAGCCCCAGGCUGGGCAGGGCACGACAGGAGCUCAACAGGUGGCCCUCCGUGAGCUGCACAAGUAAAGCCGGGAGGCAAAGAGAGGAGGCAGUUCUGGAGGAGAGUGAGGAGGAGGUGGAGGGAAAAAUGAAGACCGACAGGUUUUGGAAACAACCCUCCAAGAACUCCGGAAACUCCUCACAACACGACGGAGACGCGGCAGGACUAACAACUCACACAGGUACCCAGGAGCAGCGUGUUACGGAUUCACCGCCAUGCUCGGUCAGCGGCCGCACUGAGGGGCAUGUCGUCGCGGGGCAUGUCCUCGGGGGUCAUGCCGCUGUUAAAGACCACAGCUCUCUGCCGCGGGCCUUCUUACGAAGGCCACAUCAGGAUGACGCCGGGCUCGGCAGGAGGACCAUGAGCAUGUAUGGUGCCCCAUUGGAGCAGCAACGAGAUUCUCAGACUGAAAAAGAAAGGCGGCUGCGGAGGCCGAGGAGCGUUUGCAUGCUGGCAGGCCAAGGUCCAGUCCUGUCAGAGCUCAAGUCCCAUCAGUUCUUCAAAAAGACAGGUAUUUCAGAAAAUGACAUGCAGUACAGGAGCAGGAAGGCUGAAUUGAGAGCAGUUGACGGCCUCAACCCCGUCUUGGCUCAACAGGCGUCAGCUCUUGCAAAGGUGACCCUUCGGGGUCAGCAGAGGAGCUGGAAGCAAAGACCCGUCAGUAUGACUGUGCUGGAGGUAAGAAAGAGGGGCUCUGAUGACGAAAUCGACUGCCAAAGGAGCUGUGACCACACGAGCCGCGAUGGAGGAUUUCUCAAAGGAGGCUUUCGAUGGAGACUGUUUGGGAGAGCCCCUCCGGAUGGGAACAAGGACAAGGGAGCAGACAAGGAUGCUAAAUCUUCCCCCAAGUCCAGCAAAACUGACAGUUCAAAAAGCAAGCUGACCUCUCUAAGGCGGAGCUUCAGCCUGCGAAUCAGGAGGACUCGACCCCGUGAAAAAAUGAAUUUAGGGUCUGAUGGAGAGUUAAAAGAGCACUGUCAAGUUAAAGGCACUGCCGAUGAGACGACAAUGCCUCCACGGCCUUUCUCAUACCUCACUGGAAGAGAGCUCCCGACUUCCAAAGAGCAGAUCGAAGAUGGGGGUGUGCAGUAUAUUCAGUACCACAGUAGGGGGAAGGUCAAGGUGAUGGAAGUACCCCUGUGUCCAACGAAACUGUCCUCCAAACCAGUUCAGGAAGAACCAAGCCUGUGGCAGCUCAUAGCCAACCGUUUCAGGAGGAAAGAGCAAUCGUACAAAUGUGAAUCCCAGCAGCCCUGGAACAAAGACAAUAACCAGUAUCCCCAGACUGGGAGUAAUAAGUCAGAGCCAGUCCCCAUAGAGGCUUUGGCAGGCAUAGACACCCACAAAGGUCAAGACUCUUUCGUCAACAGUCAGGAGUGGACAUUGAGUCGAUCCGUACCAGAGCUGAAAGUGGGCAUCGUGGGAAAUCUGUCCAGUGGGAAGUCUGCCUUGGUGCAUCGAUACUUGACAGGCACAUAUGUGCAGGAGGAGUCUCCUGAAGGUGGACGUUUCAAAAAAGAAAUAGUGGUGGAUGGACAGAGCUAUCUACUUCUGAUCAGAGAUGAAGGGGGGCCUCCAGAAUUGCAGUUCGCUGCCUGGGUGGAUGCUGUGGUUUUCGUCUUUAGCCUGGAGGAUGAGAUCAGCUUUCAAACGGUCUACAAUUACUUCUUGCGCCUAUCCAGCUACAGAAACACAGCUGAGGUGCCCAUGGUCCUCGUUGGAACACAAGAUGCCAUCAGUGCUGCCAACCCCAGAGUGAUUGAUGACUCUCGGGCCAGAAAGUUGUCAAAUGACCUGAAGCGCUGCACAUACUACGAGACCUGCUCCACCUAUGGGCUGAAUGUGGAGAGAGUCUUCCAGGAUGUUGCCCAGAAGGUUGUGGCCAUGAGGAAAAAGCAGCAGCUCUCCAUUGGUCCAUGCAAAUCCCUCCCCAACUCUCCCAGCCACUCAUCAGUCCCCGCUGCCUCCAUCCCCUCCGUUCACAUGAACCAGGCAGCCAACGGUGGGGGCGCAUUCAGUGACUACUCCUCCUCCGUUCCCUCCACCCCCAGCAUAAGUCAGCGGGAGAUGCGCAUUGAGACCAUUGCUGCCUCCAACACGCCCACGCCCAUCCGCAAGCAGUCGAAGCGCCGCUCCAACAUUUUCACAUCACGGAAAGCCAGUGAACAGGCAAAGAGCGUUGACAGUAAAACAGACAGCAUAGGCAGUGGAAGGGCCAUACCUAUCAAACAGGGAAUCCUUCUGAAGCGAAGUGGCAAAUCCCUCAACAAGGAGUGGAAAAAGAAAUACGUCACACUGUGCGAUAAUGGCGUCCUCACUUACCACCCCAGUUUACAUGAUUACAUGCAGAAUGUUCAUGGAAAAGAGAUUGACCUGCUAAGGACAACAGUCAAGGUACCUGGAAAGCGGCCACCCCGGGCAGUGGCGACGGUUGCCCCCACGGCUAGCCCCAAAACCAACGGACUGAACAAGGACCGCAGCACCUUGCAGCUCGGCAUUGGAAACACAGGUGCUCCUCACUCCAACAGCAGCUCGUCCCUGCAGACGGGCGGCUCGGCGUUCGGCGGCAGCAAGGACGGCAUGCACCAGCGCUCCUUCUCCGUGUCCAGCGCUGACCAGUGGAAUGAAGCCAUCAACACCAGUACAAGCAGCGGUGCCGCCAAUGGGAUGAGCGAUCCUACAACUUCCAGCGUGGGCAGUGCGACGAGUCCGAAGCUUGAGCCCCCUCCCUCACCACACGCCAACCGCAAGAAACACAGGCGGAAAAAGAGCACGGGCAUCACAAAGCCAGACGGCUUAUCUGGGGGAAAUGAAGAGCAAGAAGAUUCCUUCGAGUUCAUCAUUGUGUCUUUGACGGGUCAGACGUGGAACUUUGAAGCAUCUACAUAUGAAGAGAGGGAGCUGUGGGUUCAACUAAUAGAGAGCCAGAUAUUUGCCAGCCUCCAGUCCUGUGAGAGCAUAAAGAACAAGUCUCGGUUAGGCAGCCAAAGCGAUGCAAUGGCCAUUCAGUCCAUACGAAAUGUGAGAGGGAACAGCUUCUGUGUGGACUGUGAUGCACCCAACCCAGACUGGGCCAGUUUGAACCUGGGUGCCUUGAUGUGCAUCGAGUGCUCGGGCAUCCACAGGAACCUGGGCACGCACCUGUCUCGCGUGCGUUCUCUGGACCUGGACGACUGGCCGGUGGAGCUCAGCAUGGUGAUGACCGCGAUCGGCAACGCGAUGGCCAACAGCGUGUGGGAGGGGGCUCUGGAGGGAUACACCAAGCCAGGGAGCGACAGCACCAGGGAGGAGAAGGAGCGCUGGAUCCGAGCCAAGUAUGAGCAGAAGCUGUUCCUGGUGGGGCUGCCCCAGUCGGACGUUCCUCUGGGGCAGCAGCUGCUGCGGGCGGUGGUGGAGGAUGACCUGAGGUUGGUGGUGCUGCUGCUGGCCCACGGCACCAAGGAGGAGGUUAAUGAGACCUACGGGGAUGGAGACGGCCGCACCGCACUGCACCUCUCAUGUGCCAUGGCCAACGUGGUCAUCACACAGCUGCUCAUCUGGUACGGCGUGGAUGUAAAAAGUCGGGAUGCUCGUGGCCAGACCCCACUGUCCUACGCCCGGCGAGCUGGAAGCCAGGAGUGCGCCGACAUACUGCUUCAACACGGCUGCCCCAACGACUCCAGCAGCCUGACCUCCGUGCCCACGCCCAACAUGAGCCGUCGCAACCCCAACAUCAACAACAACAACGCCCAGUGUGAGCUCAACCGCAGCAUCAGCAUCAUGUAGAGGCGAGAAAGCAGCUGCAGGCGAAAACACAGGAACCUACCCGUGUCUCUUCCUCGUACUUCCUCCUCUGUUUCACACUGUGUAACCCAGAACCGGCGCCAAUAUCAGGAGUGAUGGACCAUGAGGCAAUUUUCCACUGUGCUUCAAGUUUGAGAUUCGGACGUUGUACAUUGAUGUUUUUUUUAUAUUGUUAUUUCUAUUCAUUUUGUUUGUUAAAUUUAUUCUAUAUUGGUCUGAAAUGAUCAUGAUCAGCUUUAAGCAUUUUGCUUUUUAAGCAUCAACCAAACAAACGACUUUACUUUUGGCGUUCAUAACUACCCUACGAAAAGCAUUUCCUGAAUGCUUGAACAUUUCCUUUCCUGUCUUCCCCGUCUCCGAUACAAACCAAGGAUGUAAUGAGCGUGAGUGAGAAACUUCCUUCAAACUUUCAAGCAUAUGCAUCACAACAGAACUAUAAGGAGUAGUUGUACAAGUGAUAAAACACUGAUGUGAAGAGAAACACAAUCUCUCGUGAUAAAAGUGCUUGUUAGAUCUUUCAUAAUGAUGCAUGUCUUCAUCCCAGCUAUCGCGCUCUUGACAUGCUAUUCAUAUACAAAGGCAAAGCAAUUAUAGUUAAAGAGGCCAAAUGAUUUAGAUACUUAAUUCACAGGGAAAUGGAUUUGGAUCAUCAUAAAGGAGCUGAUUGCAGAAUUCCUUUUGGUUGAAAGUGAGUCAUUUCCUUCGCCACCGCUGCCACGAUCCUUCAGCGUCCGAGAUUAUACAGGAAUUAAGCGGCGUAACGUUUCUGACCACUAGACAACAAGGCUUUGUGAGCGAUACUCUUCAAUCAGAAUUCAUUCAAACUCAAAAGGUUUGAUUGAAACUAAGAAAUUCCCCCCAUUAUGAUGUCUUCGUUGGAAUCAUUUUUCCGAUUGACUGGAUUGUGUUGAUAAUUGUUCGAUACAGAUUAACAUGUUUGCAGAGCAUAAGCAUCCUGGAAUAAUCCCAUUCACCUCCUGUGGCUGAAAGAUGUGAAGCUGGUACUCGAAACAUCAUAUCCUCUCUUGUUGCUGUGAAACAUGUAUAUGGUACCGUGUGUGUGUGCGUGUGUGAGAGAGAGAGAGAGUGUGUGCAUUCAUAAGGGUAGAAUGCGUUCUUUUCUAAUGUCUGUCAGUAACCAUGUGUCGCAAACAGCGCUUGGGGCAUUUCUGUUCAUACAGGACACUGGAGAGAAGACACCCCGACAGUGAAGUUUUGGGAACAUAAUUGUGUUUUGAUGUACAGAUAUGUGUAAGAAGUUGUUUUUGUUCUUUUGCCUUAUUCCUUAUGAGAACAGUUUGAAUUUAUUAAGACUCUUAGAGUUGAUAUGUAACCACCCUGUCCUUUCCCUGAAAGCCAUCCCAUCCUGAGACCCUGUGAGUCUAAAUAAGGGGAGUUAAGAAAAUAUGUUAAUGUGACUGAAGCGACAGUAACAUAAGGGAUCAAAUCAGCUAAGAGGUGCACAGAGGGAAGUAUAAUUAGUUUCUAUAAUACAAAUACACAGUAUUACACAGAUAUGAUAAGCCAAUUCCUUCAUAAGAUAAGAGAAAACAUCAGGUAGCUUCCCUGAAUGUUCAACAGCCAUUUAUAGGGUUUUAAAACAUCAUUUUAUGGGUUUACAAAGGUUGAAUAUAUAUAUGUUUACAGAGCAAGAUAUUACUUGGUACCGGUUAUUGCUUUACAGUAUUCCCACUUCAGAACCUACCGAAAAUGAAUAUGUGGACCCAUAUUCACAUGGUUACAUGAAUAAAUAGUUGGCAUGUUGGUGUUACUAUCCAUCCCUUCUCAGCUUUAACAUGAGUCUGUCUUCCAGGGAUGGAAGGGAGCAGCAAAGAACAGCAAGCCUGGAUUUUAGAUCUAGCUCUGCUGAAAUGUCAUAGUCAAAGAUGAUUUUUUUUUCUUUUUUCCUUUUCAGAGAUUGACAAUACACAAGUAUUGGCCCUUAAAAGUCUGUCCUCUAUUUGUCUCCUUCUCUGGUGCAUAUGUCAGGAAAAAACUCCAGAGGACAUGCAAGAGUCUAGUUAAUUAAAUGAUUGCAGGGCUUUUCAAAAAAUGCAAACUGUGCACAAAAGUAACUUUGAAUCAGGCUCUAUUUGUUCUCUUUGUGCAUGCAUUACCUUUGGGGCACCUUCCAAUGUACGCACAAUGUAGACACAAAGAUGAAAAAACACUAACUUCUGCAGAAAUUAAAGCAAGUUCAAUAUCACCAGUAAUGAGGAAAAACUGGGAACAGGAAUGAACACUCUCUUAACAGACCUGUGAUUGGUCAGGAUCUCCUCUCACAUGGUAGACUUUCCAAAGCUUGAAAAAUGGAGUAAAUGAAGUUCAGAAUUCAUGUCGACUCUUAGAUCACCUUCCUACCAUAUGCAGAAGCUUUUAUUGACUUUUUUUUGCCAAAUCUUUCUAAAAUCAUGCUGCUUAGCCCAGCCUUACAUUUUCACCAGGUGACCGAUGAUGCUCAUAUCUGUUUUUGUUUAAAGAAAUGCAGAUUGGGUGCAGUAGGACUAGUUUUGGAUUUUAAAAACCUGGAUCUAAGUUUGUCUGCUCCAGGGAUGCCAGUGGGUAAAUUUCCAAACUUCCUAGAGAAUCUUGCUCUUUUUGGUUAAGAGUUAUGAACCUCCUGACUUAACUGUCGACACAUAGGUGAAUGAGUGUGCCUCCCAAAAUGUUGGCUGGUUCUUUCAAGACCUCAAAAUAGAAAAAACAGUCACAAAUUCAACAAUAUUAUUAUUUUUAACCUCGUACUGUACUGUGAUACUGGCCUUAUUUCUGAUCAUUACUUGACCAACUUAUUUCACUGAGUACAUUUCAUUGUCCAGUGGGAUGACAGAGGAGUUCAAUGUGUACAGUGGUUAUCUGAUUCUGUAUUUACAUACUUUAGAUGUUAGGAAGAGAGAAAAAAAAACACUAGAAACCUGCCUGUUUUACCCCCAAACCCAAUAUGAAGUGUAAAUAUUAGCUUAAGGCUUUUAUCUGAAGACAAGCUCCUCUUAGAGAAACGAACUGAACUGGUUUUGGUCCUCUUGACCAAGAACCACAUUUUGAUAUGUUGUUUAUGUUUCUCUUUUGGCAUAUUUUAAAGGUACUUCUGUUUGGUCUCUACAUUAACCGACCAUCUUUGGUACUCGUGUAAAAUGAUGUACAUUUGACAUAUUUAUAAUGCAGUAUGUAAAUAUCUUUUUUGUUUGUUUUUUGUUUGUUUGUUUUUGUUCAUUUUCCUAUUGUAUUUCCUUUUACGUUCAGAACGUGAAACAAAGCAAAAGCUCAAGAGUAACAUGUUGUAUGCUUGGAUGCUUGGCUGACUAUUGACCUAUUAAUAAACACUCUAAUAAAACAAUGUAGCCUUCCCUGGAUUUGGGAAAACUGACA